AUGUUGCGAGUGUGGAAAUACACUACAUACAGCAACCAGCCAUUGACAGCAUCUUGGAUCCUGAACAAAGAGCAAGCACUCACCUCACAUAGAGCACAUCAUUCUGUUCGUGCUUUUUCCAGUUCAUCAUGUCUAACAGAUAACCGCAAUGACCAAAACUUGAGAAAACCAUCGCGAUGGAACUCGAAUGAUCAGUCGACAGUGAGUUUAAGAGCUCUGAACUAG